AUGUCACUGUUUAGCCAGACCAGUGUUGAGGAAGACAGCCAGAAGCAGCCAGCUGUGGGACACUGGAAGACACUCAUGCCAUCCAAAGGCAGCAAGGAGGAGCCAGAGACUGGGUGCCAGGAUGCUGGAGGUGUGGAUGAGACCCAGUCCACCGAGCAGCUCAAUGUGUCACGUUUACGCAGCUCUUCAGUGGAGAUCCGUGAAAAGGGGUCUGAAUUCCUGAAGGAAGAGCUGCACAAAGCACAAAAGGAGCUGAAGCUGAAGGACAAAGAAUGCGAGAGACUGUCAAAAGUCAGAGAACAACUUGAGCAGGAACUAGAGGAGUUAACAGCUAGCCUAUUUGAGGAAGCGCACAAGAUGGUGAGAGAAGCAAACACUAAACAGGCGGCAUCGGAGAAACAGCUGAGGGAGGCACGGGGGAAGAUCGACAUGCUGCAGGCAGAGGUAACAGCUCUGAAGACACUGGUGAUCACAUCCACACCUUCCUCUCCGAACCGGGAGCUGCACCCUCAGCUCCAGAGCCCUUCUAAAGCCGUCUUCAGGAAGGGCCACGGGCGAAACAAAAGCACCAGCAGUGCAAUGGUCUCGGCUGCCAACCAGAAUGUGACUCCAGAGCCAGUCAGUCAUGAGUGCAGAGAGGUCGACUCCAUUUUAUUUGCUGAAUUCCGAGCCUGGAAGGAAUCUCCCACUUUGGAUAAAUCCUGCUCCUUCCUGGACAGAAUUUACCGAGAAGAUGUAGGACCUUGUCUAGACUUCACUAAGCAGGAGCUGUCGGAGCUGGUGCGAGUGGCUGUGGAGCAGAACACACUCACCAUUGAGCCAGUUGCUUCCCAGACGCUGCCUGUGGUGAAGGUGUCUGCAGGAGAGUGCGGUGGCCCAAAGAAAUGUGCUCUGAGUGGCCUCCCCAGGACCUGCAAGCACCGCAUCAUGCUGGGGGAUUCUGGGAAUUACUACUACAUUUCACCAUCCUGCAGGGCCAGGAUCACAGCGGUGUGCAACUUUUUCACAUACAUUCGCUAUAUCCAGCAGGGCUUGGUGAGGCAGGACGUGGAGCUGAUGUACUGGGAGGUCAUGCGGCUCCGGAGGGAGAUGUCUCUGGCCAAACUUGGGUUUUAUCCCAGUGAGAUGUAAGCAGAGGCCUGAUCGUGGAAGUAAACUGCUCCUGUACGAACAGCUGGUCAAAUGUAGCCUGCCAACAGUGCCUCUCCUGCAGUGGGCCUUCCUCCCCGCCUUCCUUCUGCCUGAAGCUGAUCAAGGAGCGAGAAGCACAAAUUCUACCUUCAGCUGUCCCACUUCUCCAGCCGUGACUGGAAUGCAGCCGCUAAGCUACCCCCUG